UCUGACAGACCAUUGUCUUUUUUUAUAUUUAGAACGUCGUAUUAAAUUAAAGGGAGUUUUAUAGAGUCUAAUGUAGGUCUAUAUAAAUUACUUGUGCGCAAAAUUGCGGAUCAAUUCGUGUUUUUUUUUUAUAUUUCAAUUUUGUGCACAAAAGGUCGUUUAAACGCUGUAAUCACAAAACGGUCAAACAAUGGCGCUAAACAUCAAUUUUUAAUUCAAUCCUAAAGGUUCUUUUUCUUUAUUGUCUUGUUCAUAUAUUAUUACGUUUUAAGUGUUCUAGUUUAUCUAUAUAACAUUUUCAAAUUUUAUGUGAUUGGGCUUUUGUAAUUCAAUGGAGCUCCUUUAGGUUUUUGCAAUUGGAAGGUUUGUUCUAUUCUAUAGAUAUUGAAAACGUUAAAAAAAACUUGUACACAUUCAAAUUACACAAACUUACAUGACACAUGAAAUGGUAGGUCGUGUCCGGUAACUUUAUACAUCAAUGUCUCUGCUUUGUACGUACGCUGUCUACACUGUCCUUUCAGAACAAAGAGAUACUGGAAUACUACUGUAACACUUAUUUGAAGGACUGAAUUACCAUGUCUUGCCGCCUGAAUUUAACAGUGCUGCUUAUAAUCGUAUUUUAUGGAGAUGCAUGUUGCAGCACAUGUUUCUUUGGAAUUUGUUCAUGGGCGGAAUGGAAAACAGUCUCAACUAAUUGCGGAUCGUCAUACUGUAGUCAACAAAGAGCGAGACAAAUAUGUUGUUUAGAUAUUGGUUGGAGUGCCCAGACGUGUAGUCGCUAUUGUCCAGCAUCUGGUGGUGGUGGCUACUCUCAGUCGGGAAACGGAGAUUCUAGUACAUUAACAUGUAAUCACUGCAGUAAUGGCGGAUCUCUUCAAUACUACGGACGGGCGUGUGACUGUGUGCCAGGAUACUACGGAACAUGUUGUCAAUAUGAGAUAUACGAGUGCAGCAGUUCACCGUGUAAGAAUGGAGGCACAUGUAUAGAUAAAGUCAAUGGAUUCUCGUGCACGUGUCCACCUAGACUCUAUGGAACAUAUUGUGAAACUGGUAAGUGGUGACGAGUUUUGGAAU